UAAAGUUUGUAGGACGUUAUCCUCUCGAUAUCAGCAUAAUCUCAAGAAGAAGAUCAAUCUGCAGCAAUGCGUCGGUUUUGUCUUUGUCUUUUUAUUGGUCUUCUGCUGAACACAUUCCUCCAGUCUGCUGUGAUGGGCAACAAUUCCAAUUUACCAGGCGAAUGCUGUUUUAGCCAUUAUGGAAGAAAAAUCCCUGUCUCCAAAAUUGACUCCUAUGUGGAAACAAGAGAGGAAUGCCCUAAAUCUGGAGUCAUUUUUGUCACAAAGAAGGCUCAUCGUUUCUGCUUGGAUCCUCAGCUGAGCUGGGUGAAGAGUGCCAUGAAAUUAAUCGAUAAUCGUGAUCUUUGGUGAUUGUUCUGUGGCGAUGAUCAACAUGCUCAAAGGAAACGAUCUGUUUGAAGUAUUGGCUCAGUAACCUCUUCCUAUAAUGCUCUGUCAUUCUUUUCCUCAUAAUCAUGUGAGGCAUUAUAUCAACUGCAUUGUUUUGAUGAGUAUUUGUUCUGCUUUGCACUAAAAGAUGAAACAAUUAGUUUAGCAUGUAGUGUUAUUUUUACUGCAAAAUAUAUAUAUAUAUAGCAAUGUCCAGGAUUACAGGGAUGAUUUAUGAUGGUCUUUUUUCUAUGUCGAUUGAAGAAAGAAAUUUGCUUUUGUAUUAUUCUGUAUAACAACAGCUAUCUGUGAUGUCCUUACUUUAAAUAAAACACAACACAAAACUCC